CGGAAACCGCCGCCUCUUAAGCUUUGUUUUCGUCCGUUCAGUAUAUCGGCCAUAUCUUCUUAACCGUUGAGAAUAUUGCGCAUGCAGAGCCACCAUCGUGUUCCUCUCGUCGAGACGAAGCCGUAGCCACCGACCACGCCGCAAUCGGAGUCCGGACGAAGCCGCUAGAGCCUCCGGAAGUUUCGCCUCUGUGCGCGCGUGAGUUACACGCGCCGCCGCUGGAAAUCGUCUCCGCCGCUUUCGCCGCCGUCUCCGCCGCCAGACCACCGCCUCACCACCACCGGAACGCCGUCGCUGCCGCCGUGCUCCGCCUUCUGUCGCCGCCGCCGUCCGCCGUCACCACCGAUUUGUAGUCUAUUUGAGCAUCUGGAGUUCAUAGAUACCACAUUUCCCUAUUGCUAAGAUGCCGCCAAGGAGAAGAACCACUCGUGCCCAGACCGCCAGAGCUGUUAGAGACGAUUUAGAUGAGCAUGAGCAGCCCGCAGUUCCGCCACCCGCGGCUCCACCAGUUGAUCAGGAUGCAUUGAGACAGAUGGUUCAGGAUGCCGCUAGACAGGCCGCUCAGGAGGCACUUCAGCAGAUUGCCCAGGAGGCAGCCAGGCAGGCCACUCAGGAGGCUGCCCGAGUAGCUGCUCAGGAGGUUGCUCGUCAGAUGGCUGCAGUUCAGCAGGCUCCUCAGGUUCAGGUGCAGCAGGGUCCACAGAUUCAGGUUCAGCAAGUUCCACCGGUUCAGGUCCAGCAGGAUCAGCAGAUUCCCGCUCAGCAUGAUCAUCAGGAUCCCGUUCAGCAGGUUCCCCUUCCUCAGGUUCCACUGCAGCACGGACCAGCUCAGCAGUUUGCUCAUGGUGUUCAGGAUCUACCACCACCACCACCGCGACCUCAUGUUUACCCGGUUUAUGAUGAGAGGUUCUACAAGCUGACGCGUCAGAUGAGGAACAUGGAUAUGGAGCAUUUUAGUGGGACAGUGGAUGCUGUAGCUGCACAUGAUUGGAAGUUAGCCUUGCAGCGGAAGCUGGAGAUUAUUGAAUGUCCACCAGAGUUGUCGCUCAGAUUGACUAUGCAGUACCUUCGUGGAGAUGCUCUUAUAUGGUGGGAGGGAAUACGAUUGAGUCACCUUGGGCCAGAGAGGCUUACCUUCGCAAACUUCAUCCGAGAGUUCGAUAGGAAAUACUUUCCGAAGGAAGCUAUGGAUAGGAAGAAAUGCGAGUUCGAGCAUGUAAGCCAGGGUGAGAUGUCUAUCAGGGAGUAUGAGGUUGUGUUUAACCAACUUCGCAGAUUUGCUGGAGAGGGCAUUUUAGAGGAAGACCUGAUGAGGAAAUUUUUGAAUGGGAUGCGAGUGGAGAUUCGCAACAGGUGCCGUGUCGUCACUUAUCACAGAUUGGGAGAUUUGGUGGAGAAGGCUGCCGAGCAGGAGGCAGGUUUGGCAGAGGAGCAGAAGUACUCCAAGGCAGUUCAGCCAAAGUUUGGAGGGACUUCAGAGGCACAGCAGAGGACAUGGGACAAACCGAGCAUACAGUGCUUUUACUGUGGAAAGAUGGGACAUAAGAGUAGGGUUUGUCGGAGUAGGCUAUUUGAUGCUCAGGUUGCGCCACCAGUCAGACAGAUUGCAGCACCAGCAGCACCAGCAGCGGCACAGGUCUGCUUUGGCUGUAGUCAGCCAGGUCACUUCAUCAGAGAUUGCCCGAGGAGGGGCAAUGCGGCACUUCCACCACCACCGAAGCGUCUAGCCAUCGCUCCACGUGCGUUUGCGGUUGGAGAUCCCCAUGGAGCUGAGCCGAUAGCGGAUAUGUGUUCUUAACAUACUUGCUUGUGUUAAUAUUUGUGGUUUUGUGGUUAUCUUGUAUAGUUCGAGAUUAGUGAAUCUCGUGUAUGAUUGGUUGUGGUUGGUGUGAGUUACCUCACACCUUAUUUGACUUAAGAGCUUUUCAUAGUUUUGUGAGUUCGCGUUUGGUUAAGUUUUAGUUUUUUUGGGGGAUCUUCUAACAGAAAGAUAAGCAGAUUCAGAUUGUUGUUAUGGAGAGCUUGGGAACGAUCAAGAUUCAUCGCGAUGUACCUGUUAUCAUUUGAGUAUUAUGAUGGUAUCGUCGAGGUUUUUAUGGUGGGUCUAGUCGUACACCACUUUGUUGGACCAAAGUGGGGGAGAGACGUGAGAUGGAAUCAGCAAUGAUUCAAGAGACGGUAGAGCAAAUGGAAAUGCUCGAAGCUUAGGUUAGGAAGCCCAUGACCGUCAGAAGAGUUACGUGGAUAAGCACCGUAAGGAUUUGGAUUUUGAAGUUGGCGACCUAAUAAAUCUGAAGGAGGAUGUUUCAAGAAGAAUCAAAGACUCGGAAUCUAAAGAAGCUUAAACCAAAAUAUAUGGGAACAUAUCUCUUUAUUGGUCAGCAAGUGAAAUCAGUCUAGGGAGUGGUGACCAUGUAUCUAGUGACCAUGUUGGUCAAGGUUCGUUGGGAGGAAUAGGAUUCAAGAGGAGACCUGAGCCGAGCAAGGAUUAUUAUUCGAGGUUUUCUUACAUGACAUUGGACAUGUCAGAUUAUGACUUGAAUUCGGGGACGAAUUCCUUGUAAGUGGGGGAGAAUUGUAACGACCCGAAUUUCGGUCUCGGAACUCGUUAGCCGGCUAAGGCCCAAGCAGUACAUCAAAACUAAAAUGUUUGUUUAUAAAUACCCCAUCUUCACAUUGUUUUCUCCACCUGCAUCAAAAAGAAAUCAGAAAAGUUAGAGAGAAGAAGAAGUGAAAAAGAGAGAGAGUGAGAGAAAGAAAGAUAGGAACCACUGCAUGCUGCCACCAGGAGUCCUCGCCGGAGCCACCACACGCCAGGACAUUGUCAAGCUCGUCAUCACCAUCAACCGCAGCUGAGUAUCGUCGGAAACCGCCGCCUCUUAAGCUUUGUUUUCGUCCGUUCAGUAUAUCGGCCAUAUCUUCUUAACCGUUGAGAAUAUCGCGCAUGCAGAGCCACCAUCGUGUUCCUCUCGUCGAGACGAAGCCGUAGCCACCGACCACGCCGCAAUCGGAGUCCGGACGAAGCCGCUAGAGCCUCCGGAAGUUUCGCCUCUGUGCGCGCGUGAGUUACACGCGCCGCCGCCGGAAAUCGUCUCCGCCGCUUUCGCCGCCGUCUCCGCCGCCAGACCACCGCCUCACCACCACCGGAACGCCGUCGCUGUCGCCGUGCUCCGCCUUCUGUUCGCCGCCGUCUCCGCCUUCGUCGCCGCCGUCGUCCGCCGUCACCCCGGUGACCGUCGCCGGUGACUCGCCGACGACUCGCCAACUCGGCUGAGUCGACCCGGUGAGUCAACUCGGUUGACUCGGUUAACCGCUGGUUUGACUGGUUUGACCGGUUUAAAUUGAUUUCGUUUCGGUUAGGGUAAACCGGUCGGUUAGGACAAAUUGAUUUCUGGUCAAGGGUUGACCGGAUUGACCUUUGACCAUCGAAUUGACUUUUCCAUAAACCUUGACCAGACCCGUUUUAAACCGUUCGAAAGGCGUUCUGACUCGAUUUUUCGCCCUGAUUUCAGAUUUGGUGUCUAUUUGAGCAUCUGGAGUUCAUAGAUACCACAUUUCCCUAUUGCUAAGGUGAGACCGACGAGCAGGAGUGAUUAUCGGACCGGUGCUAUUGGGCUUUUGGGCUUCUAUCGCUUUUAUCGUUAUCGGGCUUUUAGGCCUUUGGGCUUUUAUCGUUUAUGUUAUUUCCUAUUUCAGACUUAUACCGUUAUCUAUAUUUCGGAUGUUAUUUUAUAUUAUGGAUUUCCAGCGUGGACGUUGACUUUUAUAUUUAUAAAUGGAGAUUUCAGAAACUA